AUGAGCAAGUGGACUGCCAACAGCUACAUACUGAGCAUUUGUCUCUUGAUCUCCGAGUAUGUGCGCCAGCAGCAACAAGACGUCAAGCAAACGAGCUCUGGUGACGACUCCGUGGCGUCUCUGGUCGACGCAGCAUCCGCACAGACUCCAGACCCUGCGCUGGUCAUGACCCGACGGUCGUUGAAUGCGCUGGCGCGUUUUUUGACUCUGGAAAUACAGCACCCGAAGCUUAUGACGAACCAGAGGUUCACUGCUCUUCAUAAUUUAUUGCAACGCUUGGAGAUAAGUUUGGACAGUCCGAAAGACUUUGAGCAGCUGUCGUGGCAGCUCGUGAGUAUCUUGACCAGAAUGGAGAGCCCUGACGCCGUGUGGAACACUGUGGAGCAGAUCUCCGAGUGUGUAGCGCCGCUGCAGAGCUCUCGAGACGACGCAGACGCAGACGAAGAGAUGGACGUGGACUCGGCCAGCUCUGCACUCGUGCGUACGAGUCUACUGGGCGUCUUUGUCCGCAGCUUUUUGCUGGCACUCAACCGCCUGCUAUUCGACGGUCUGUCGAGGCUUUUCGACGACGUGCAGCAGUAUCUGGAAGAGUUUCGAGAGGACGUUGAGACGGAGAAGAAGGCGGCGAGAGAAAUGGAGGAGGAGGAGGAGAUGGACAACGGCUUGGAGCUCGUUGAGUCACCUGCGUCCCAGCACUUAUGGAAGAACACGAGCAAAGCUGCAGACGAUGAUCUAUUGUUGUCGCCGAUUCCGCUGAAAAGCGCCACUUUACGGUCAAAUGUGCGCCAGCGCACGAAGAACACUCGAGCAGGUGCAACCCUUGGCUCACACGCUCUGUUGGAAAAGUCGCUGGAGAAUACGGCAGGUCGGGAAGUCAAUGACCCGUCGAUUUGGUCGACUGAUCAGCUGAAUUACGUUUUGAGUGACAUGGUGCGUGAAGUGGAACGAGGACGGAGUAGUCCACAGCAACGUGGCUUGCCGCAAACCGAAGGUCUGCUGACAGACGAUCAUCGCCGCUUUCUUCUCGAUCGUAUGGAUGGAUCGAACCCCAAUGUGCUUUUUGUUCGAUACUUGUCGUUUCUUCGCAAUCGGGAUUACCAGGGUGCUCUCGACAGUUUGCAUCACUACCACGACGUGCUUUCUCCACGACAAGGCUCUUGCGUUGGUGAUCACAAGAGCAGCGACGGUACUAGUUCGGCAUCAGUGCCAGCAGAAGCCACCAGGAUGCAUUUUCGAGGCAGUGGUGUUCAGUAUGCGGCGUUGAAUCUGGCUGGGCUCCAGAUUGUGUUUCACCGCUACGAUGCGGCACACGAAAGUAUACAGGAAGCAAUCCGGGUUGCUCAGCACCACGGAGAUCACAUAUGUGUGGCGUUCGCGCUUGCGUGGAUGGUUCGCAUCAAGCAGAAAGUUGGCGCAUCGAAAGGCGAAGUGCUCCAGCUUGCCGGCAGCUGUUUGAGUCGUGCCAAAGAGUUGCGUCUACCUGCUCUGCAAGUGCUAGCGACACUGGCGGAAUCAAGCGGCAAUGGUCUGCGCUGGGUCAAGUCUACCGAGGCAGUUCUCGACUCUGUUUGGAACCUGAGUGGAAAAGUUAUGCUUUCACACGCAGCUGCAUGGAGUAUGUUCGGACACCGUUCGCUGGAGAAAGUGUUCAGUCGCGUGCAUUCAUCAUGUUAUGGAGACUCGGCUAGCACUGGAGAAAUUGCACUCACAGUGAGUCACAUGGCGAUAUCGAACCUUGCACAUGCUGAAGAGGGUGUGAAUGUGUACGUGAGGGCGCUUGAGUUCCUUCUCGGCGUUGCUGCAGGCGAGACUGGUGCUGAGGAUCAACGGCACUUGCUCAAUGACGCGACGUAUCAGCGAACUUUGCAUCGUCUCUUCUUCUUGUGGGCGCUUGACAGAGGCGAGUUCGCACGCGCAGAAGUUCAUUUGAGUGCGAUAGUUGCGCUGUCCCCCCAAGACAACGAUUUCCCUGCUUACCUUGAGGCGAUCAUGCUCCAGGCAAACAUGUUGACUGCGACCGGUGACUACUCUCGAAGUCUGAUAUUGCUAGAGCGCCUAGAGGUAACGUGCAGUGAGCAAGGCGUCGCGUAUUUGUAUGCCCAAGUGUUACUGGCUAUCAGCCGGACUCGCGUUCGAGCUGCUGCGCCUCAUGCACCGUUUGCGUCGCUGAAUAUACUGCUGAAAAGCAUCGAUAUUUGUCGAAGCCACCAUUACGACCUUUUGCUGGCGGAAGCCCACGUGGUAAUGGCUGAGGUGUACAUUGCCUUGGGAAAGCUACAAGAUGCGUAUGCUUUGAUGAAUGACCAGAUGCCUUUCGUGAUGGAGAAUGGCAGCGUCAGUCUACGUGGUGAGUGUUUACUAGUGCUAGCAAAAACAAUGGUCGCAAGCAUUAGGCGGUCCGAGAAGUGUGCAGAUGCGCUCAAUGUCGCUGCGAGCCAAGCCAUCAAAAUGCUUACAGCAAGCUCAGGAAUGUUUAUGCUGGUGCAAAAUCAAAACAAAGGGGCAGUGACGCGACCGCAUUCUGCACAUGUCGAGAGCGCGCAGCUGCCGCCUUUUUGA